GCCCAGAGCAAGAUAAAGCUUUUCAAGCCCUUAAAUUAUACUUAACUACCGCCCCCGGUCCAAGAUACCCAGAUUUCGAAAAAACAUUCUACCUCUAUACCGACGCGUCUGGUACUGGUCUUGAAGUCGUGCUAGCUCAAAGAGAUGAAAAAAAGAAAGAAUACGCCAUUGUGUAUGCCAGUAAAGGCCUUAUUCGACCCGAAAAAAACUACAUGACCACAGAACUUGAAUGUUAUGCUGUGGAAGAGGAACAAAAUAAGGCAAUUAGCUAUUGUAAAAAAAUGAUGACAGAAAAGGAAAAUAUAGGCCAAAACGAAUCUUUCCAAGAAGCCCCAGUAAAUAUAGUUGACAUAGUAGAAGAAGUAAAAGUAUUUAGAACAAUUGCCCAGGAAUACUUUGCUAAAGACUCCGAUGAAGAACUAGAAAUGAUUCCUUGGGACAAAUAUGAAGAACUCACCACCCAAGAAGUGGAGUAUAAAAGAUAUAUUCAAAGCCUUCUAACUGAAUUAGCCCUAGAAUUAGGGAUAGAUAUAAUCUGGUUGAUUAGAAAUGGGUACAACCAUGAGUACACCAAUAAUCAAUCUGUGAAUAACCCACAAUCUAUGAACCUAGGAGAGACCUAUCUAAUCAAUAUACCCCAGUGGGAAGAAACCACCAAAGAGCUGGAAUUUGAAGCCAGAAGUGAUGAUGAAUAUAAAUAUAUGGGCUAUGGCUACUAUAAUUCUCAACUUGGCUCCAACCAUUGUUGGUGGAAUACCAAUGAAGAUGAAGAAAUCUUUUCCGAAUUUACUGCUAACUUAGAAAACCCUGAGUGGUUUAGAAAUCCAGACUUGACUGAUAAAUACUACAGUAAACAUACUCCAAGCGAAGGGUUCGAGGCUACAAGAAGGCAAUUUAUACGAUCUACUACUCUAGUUAAAGAAGGCCAGAAAUCAAACAACCCAACUAAGGACAACCCACUCUUACAAGCAGAAAAGCUCAAAGACACACUAACAACAUAUUUAAGCAAUACAGUAUUGAGUAUUGCUAUAAAAACAGAAUUGGGGUCGAAAAAGAACGAACAUGGAUGA